AUGCACCAGGACCGCCUGCUAGUGCAACCGCUCAGACACAACAUCCGUGUUGAUCAGUUAACGGGAAAAAUCUGCUCUGAAUUUACGGUUCCUGAGUCCCACCAUACCACCGGUGUGCCGGAUACCGACUUUGUGCUGUACGUAGCGGCUGGAUCAACUGAACUUGGUGUUAACGCGUGGGCAGUCAAAUGCCAGCUUGACGCCAGUGGCCGCCCCAUUGUGGGUGUUGCCAAUAUUGGGUUUUAG